CAAGGAGCCGGGGCUGGAAAGCCCCGCACACAAGUGGCAAAGGAGUGGUCCCCGCGCACCCGCGUCCCGUCUGCGCGCUUUCCGGCCAUCCCUUCCCAAGUCCAGCCACCAAGCAAGCUGUUGGCCCAAGAAGCUGCGCGAGGGGCCCGUGAAGGAGAGGCCGCGGGGCCACCUCUGGCUGGAGGCGGUGCAGGGAGCCGCACCUCUCGGGCCAAGCCUGCCCGGCUCCCAUCUCUCCCCCGCCGCCGCCCUCCCCCGCGUUUCCUGCCCCCAACCCCGCCUCCGUGCUAUUUAAGGCGCCCCCGGCAGUGCUGUCCGGCAGGGCUCCCACGGGCGCCGCUCCGGCAUCGUCGCCACCUGCACCUGGGCCGGCCCGGCAGGCAGGCGACGGUGGCCCCAGAACCAUGGGUGACUGGGGCUUCCUGGAGAAGCUGCUGGACCAGGUCCAGGAGCACUCGACGGUGGUGGGCAAGAUUUGGCUGACCGUGCUGUUCAUUUUCCGCAUCCUCAUCCUGGGCCUGGCGGGGGAGUCGGUGUGGGGCGACGAACAGUCGGACUUUGAGUGCAACACUGCCCAGCCGGGCUGUACUAAUGUCUGCUACGACCAGGCCUUCCCCAUCUCCCACAUCCGCUACUGGGUGCUGCAGUUCCUGUUUGUCAGCACGCCCACCCUGGUCUACCUGGGCCACGUCAUCUACCUGUCCCGACGUGAGGAGCGGCUGAGGCAGAAGGAAGGGGAGCUACGCGCCCUGCCGGCCAAGGACCCCCAUGUGGAGCGGGAGCUGGCGGCUGUGGAGCGUCAGAUGGCCAAGAUCUCUGUGGCGGAGGAUGGCCGCCUGCGUAUCCGCGGGGCGCUGAUGGGCACCUACGUGGCCAGCGUGCUGUGCAAGAGCGUGCUGGAAGCUGGCUUCCUCUAUGGCCAGUGGCGCCUCUAUGGCUGGACCAUGGAGCCCGUGUUUGUGUGCCAGCGUGCACCCUGCCCCUACCUCGUGGACUGCUUUGUGUCUCGCCCCACGGAGAAGACCAUCUUCAUUAUCUUCAUGCUGGUGGUCGGACUCAUCUCCCUGGUGCUGAACCUUCUGGAGCUGGUGCACCUGCUGUGCCGCUGCCUCAGCAGGGAGCUGCGGGCCCGGCAGAGCCGGGGUGCCCCCCCGGCCCAGGACGCCUCCUCGGACCCUUAUGCUGACCAGGUUUUCUUCUACCUCCCCAUGGGCGAGGGGCCCUCGUCCCCUCCAUGUCCAACCUAUAACGGGCUCUCAUCCAGUGAGCAGAACUGGGCUAACCUGACCACGGAGGAGAGGCUGACUUCCUCCAGAGCCCCCCUCUUCCUGGACCCACCUCCCCAGAGUGGCCGGAAAUCCCCCAGUCGCCCCAGCAGCUCAGCUUCCAAGAAACAGUAUGUGUAAGGGGUGGAGUGGCUGGGGCUUAGGCUUCUAUGACCCAUCCUGAGACACGCAGCUGCUUUGAGCCCUUCACAAAGGCCCUGCCGCGAUGACUGAGCUUAAAAAACCAGUGCCUGCUGGCCAGAGGGCCUCCCGGACUGUUGUUUUCUGGGAUAACUGGGCCAUCCUGGUGACCAGAGGGCACAGUGGCUUCCCCUCUAGAAGGAGGCUUUGUCGCAAGCACAGAGCAAGCUGGCUUGAUGUGCUUUGACCAGGGGUGUUGUGUGAGCCCUUUGUAGAGGAACCUGCAACCAACUUACAGCCUCCUUCUCUACCAGCCCCUGGGCCCCUCCAGAAUCCACCUGUGCCCAAGCCAAGGCUGAUGGAGG